AUGGUGGUAGCGACAUCAUCUCUCGCCCUUACUGAUGAGGAGAUCCACCAGUUGAUGCACGCUGCUCAACGCGGUGACCUUAUCCAGCUUAGAUUGCUUCUUUAUGGCGUAUCCCCCAACAUCACGGACAGCACGGGCCGAACCGCCUUCUCCUGGGCGGCUUCAGACGAUUUAACCCAAUCACAAGAGACAUACAACAAUCGCAACCUUGUGUUGCAAUGCCUCCUCGAUCGAGGGGCUAACCCCGAUCUUGCAGAUUACCAUGGUGAAACCCCGCUUCAUUGGGCUGUCAAAGCGGGCGACUACCUCAUGGUGGAUUUGCUCCUGCAAAAAAAGGUCGAAUCGGACUUGCCAGACUCGCGAGGCCGCACGCCAUUGUCGAGGGCGGCGGAGCGAGGUUAUGAUCGUGUGGUGGAGGUCUUGUUGACCAGGGGCGAAGCUGACGCGGACUAUAAGGACGCGCGAGGUCGCACGCCGCUAUCGUGGGCUGCGGAGAAUUGGCAUCUGGAGACAGCAAGCAUUCUGGUGAAUCAUGGCGCUAGCGUGGACAUCCACGAUAGGGAGGGACAAUUACCCUUGUGGUGGUUUAUCAGUAACACAAUCAAGCGAACAGCGAUGGAGCAGCAGUAUCAGUCCGGGAAAGGGGACUAUCUCCAAAAAUGGCUCACUCUACUGGGGCCCAAGCAGGGCGCCGAGCCUAUGACGAAAGCUCGAAGAACAUUUCUUUCCUGGGCCUGUGAGAAAGGCGAUCAAGAACUUGUUGAGCAUCUGUUGCAGACCGUCUGGGCUGACCCUAACUCCAUCGACCGAUAUAGGAAGACACCCUUGAUCUACGCGCUAGAAUGGAACCACUACGAGAUUGCAGACAUGCUCAUCUCUGGGGUUAAGGUGGGAACAACGUUAAAAAGGGACAUUGUCUCCCUGCGCAUUAUGAUCCAGGAAGGUCGGUCUCGUCUCCUCAAGCCCUUUCUUGAGAGAUACAAGCCGAGCCUAGAAGAGGAGGACGAAUACAACACAGUUCCUCUCAUGAGGAUAGCGCUGCAGCAGGCCGAUCGGGCAACGGUAACAGUCCUCCUAGAGCACCAAGCCAGUAUUCAAGGCCUCGAGAACGUGGACUGGUUCGGUCCUUGCAGCACCGUCAAGUCGUCGGCAGACUUGGUUUUCCUGAAUAAUGUGCGCACCGGACGCGGCCACAAUGCGAUCCCUUUGAUGAAUAUGGCCAUAGAGGAGGGUGACCGUGCGGCAGUGGCGGCGCUAUUGGACCAACGUGAAGAAAUCCUCAGGAUUAAAGAACAAGAAAACGAGUACGACAGCGAUCUCGGACAGCGCAGCAGGGAGGUCACUGCAGUGGCUGUCGACAUUGCGGUCAUUCGUGACGGAAUCAAGACAGCACAGUGGAUUAUUGACGGUGCGUUGGAGAGGCAUGUCAGGAACAUGCCGAAGACGUCAGACGAAACUCAUUUGAUGUACGUUUGA